UUGGCAGGCGAGAGCCAAUCAGAAAAGCCGAGGAGGAGGGAAGAGAGUCGGUGGGUAGCAACAGUUGCCCUGGUGAGAACGAAGCGCCAUAGCCACGGUAGCCCUGGCGACAAGAACCCAGCAACGAGAAUCAACAACAACAACAACUGAAUCCGCCAUAAAUAUAACAGAAGACUUUAACCAGUGGGAAACACAUAAGUGGAUCCAGAGGGUAAUCCCCACAUCUUAUAAUGGCCACCACAGGCUAUGUAGGAGACAUUCAGCCGACAGCACAACCCCAGGGGACUAGUGUUUCAGUGACACCUGGACAAACCGAUGCCAGCUCCACCCCUGCAUCUACUCCCCAGUUUUUGGCAGAGAUUCAGACAUCUGUGGCCACUCCCAGUGUCGUCACACCCACUGGUCAAACUGCUCCCUCUGAACAAGUCACUACCAUCUCCACACAGAAGCCUGCUGCUGGAAGUCAGGCCACUUCUCAGGUUCAGCCUGCAUCGACACAAUAUGUGACAGCAGAAAUCCAGGGCUCUCCCACACAAUCUGGAAAUUCUCAAAGCACUCCACAGUACAUUGUUGUUACCGUAACAGAGGGGUCGCUUCACUCAAAUGACAGUGUGUCAGACUCAAGUCCCCCACCAGCUGUUGUACAGACCGGCGUUCCCACACAAGUGGUCCAGCAGGUGCAAACGUCUCAACAGAGGUCAGUUUUACAGGCAACUUCUCAGAUUGCCAAGACUGAGCCAGGCUCCCAGAUCAAUGUCACUAAUCUACAGCCUGUUCACAUCAGUCCUGAGGUCCAGCAGCAGCUCACAACAGUGCCAGUUCAACAUGUAUACACCAAUCAAGUGCAGUAUGUGGAGGGAGGAGAGCCCAACUACACAACCAGUACAAUCCGUUCGAGCACCUUUCCAUAUACUGAAACUCCCCUGUAUACGCAGACCACGGCUGGCCAGUACUAUGAGGGCCAGCCAACUUCCGGCACACAGGCUUCAACACCUGGAACUCCUCUCACAGUGUCUGUGACUGCGGGCACUACAGGAGGGGUGUCCAUGUUUGUGGCUCAGCCCCCCAGCGCUGCAGCUGCUGCUGCCACUGUAGUGACUACUGGUGCUACAAAUGGGGCAGGGGAUGUGGCAGGCAGCAAUGGUGCAUCCACAGGCAGCUAUGUGAUCCAGGGGGGUUACAUGCUGGGCAGCGGUAGCAGCAGCAGUAGCAGUGCAGCAGGAAGUAAUCAGACUUACUCACACACUGCCCGGGCCUCCCCAGCCACUGUGAGUAUUACAGAGGGCGAGGAGAGUAGCGUGCCGUCGGCAGACAAGAAGGUGCAGUGGUUGCUGGACAAUUAUGAGACAGCUGAAGGUGUUAGUCUUCCACGCUCCACUCUCUACUGCCACUAUCUGCUACACUGCCAGGAGCAAAAACUUGAGCCUGUAAACGCUGCAUCUUUUGGAAAACUUAUUCGAUCUGUGUUCAUGGGGUUACGGACACGACGUCUUGGCACACGAGGUAAUUCAAAGUACCACUAUUAUGGGCUGAGGAUCAAGGCCGGUUCCACUCUUCUGCGUCUAAUGGAGGAUCAGCAGCAUCUGGCCAUGAGGCAACAGCCUUUUUCUCAGAAACAGAGGUUGAAGCCUGUACAUAAAGUGGAGGGAAUGACUAACGGCACUGCAGCAGGAGCAGCUCAGCAGCAGCAACAGCAGCAGGGUUCUGCUCAUGUGGACAUCAGCACCCAGGUUCAGCAGUAUCAACAAUUCUUAGAUGCAUCUAGAGCUCUCCCUGAGUUUCCAGACAUUGACCUUGUAGGAAAGUCUCUGCCAGAGGGCAUCGAGAUUGAGCACAUUAAGAGUUUUCAGCUGCUUUACAGAGAACACUGUGAGGCUAUACUGGAUGUUAUGGUAAACCUUCAGUUCACUCUAGUAGAGACUCUAUGGAAGACCUUCUGGAGAUUCAGCCAGGAUGCAUCUGGAGAUGCUACAAUAUCUGUUCAUGAUGAAUCAGAGAAGCGCCUUCCAAAGUCCUGCCUUGUCCUGCUGUGUAAGUAUGAUCCUGUGCUGCGCUGGAGCCGUGACUGUGACAACAGCCUGUACCAAGGCCUGGUGGAGAUUCUCAUUCCAGAUGUUCUCCGGCCUAUCCCCAGUGCCUUAACCCAAGCAAUCCGAAACUUUGCCAAAAGCCUAGAGAGCUGGUUGACCAAUGCGAUGAUGAAUAUUCCAGAAGAAAUGGUCCGCAUCAAGGUUACUUCAGCAAAUGCAUUUGCCCAGACACUGAGACGCUACACCAGUCUGAACCAUCUGGCUCAGGCGGCUCGUGCUGUCCUCCAGAACACAGCACAAAUCAACCAGAUGUUGUCCGACCUUAACCGAGUGGACUUUGCUAAUGUCCAGGAGCAAGCAUCGUGGGUGUGCCGAUGUGAGGACCGUGUUGUUCAAAGACUGGAGCAAGACUUCAAACUGACUCUCCAGCAGCAGAACUCCCUGGAGCAGUGGGCAGCGUGGCUUGAUGGCGUGGUGUCCCAAGUCCUAAAGCCCUAUCAACAAAGCCCUGCAUUUCCAAAGGCUGCUAAGCUUUUCCUACUCAAGUGGUCCUUCUACAGUUCCAUGGUAAUCAGGGAUCUGACUCUGCGCAGUGCGGCCAGUUUUGGUUCCUUUCACUUGAUCCGCCUGUUGUAUGAUGAGUACAUGUAUUACCUGAUAGAGCACAGAGUGGCUCAGGCUAAAGGAGAGACCCCUAUCGCUGUCAUGGGAGAGUUUGCUAGCUUUGGUCGAGGCCUAAACCAGCUGGAUCCUGACAAAGAAGAUGAAGAGGAAGAUGAAGAGGAGAGUGAUGAGGAAGGGCAAGAAUUGUCUCUUCCAGCAGAUGGUGCCGUCCUGGGAGAUGAGUCUCUGGAGCCUCCUGCCAAACUGGCCAGAACUGAUCAAAGAGUCCUCUUUGCCACUGGAUCAGCUGAGAACUAACCAAAUAGGAACAAUGUAUUUUGUUCACAUGUCAAUGUACAAAAACACAAAUUCAAACAUGUAAAUACUGUAUUUAUUUGUAAACUUUUUAAGUACUUGUCUUUUAACACACAUAGUAGUGGUGCUGCUGCUAUACCUAAAGCCUGUUACCAAUGAUUUUAUUCACGAUCAUUGGCAAAUUGUGGCUUCUACACAUAGACUGUUGUAUAGCUCUUCACUGAAGGCUGCAAAGAUUUCUCUUAUUACAUUGCGUCCUGCAGUCUUGUAUUCACGUAGCUGAGAAACUCCUCCUGCAACUGUCACUGCCGUCUUAAAGUGGUCUUGGAAAAAACAGUGUUUGUGUAAAGGUUAUGUUGGUGGGAGGGUACCAAUGCCAUCUAUACAUGUUAAUAAGUUGGCACUAAUUUAUAUAAGUACUGCGCUUUUUAAAGGGAACUUAUGGGGGAAAACAUUGAAGUUGGUAUUGUUGUGUGCACUUACUGAGUGUUGUGUUUGUCUAAAUGAGCACUGAAGUCACAUUGUUCUGGAGCAUUGAUUGAAAUAGCCCUUCCAUAUCGUGUGUGAUUACAGGUCCAGCUGAUUGAAGUGCUGAAUACUUACUGUACAUAUUUUGAAAAACGUUGAAGAAAAAAAAAAAGGUUUUCUUUUAUUUCCGUGUUUGAUUUAAAUUGGCUGUAAAAAUGUUUUUUUCUUUAAGAGUGCCUGUCACAGGUGUUGAUGUGAGCGCUCCUUAUUUGCUGCAAAAUCCUCCUUUGUAGAACAGCUGAUUCUCUGGGAGGUUCUGUGUGUCAUAUUUAUGUUCAUUCAUCUGUUUGGGGCCUCACUAUCCCUGACAUAUUUUAUGCCUUAUUUAAAUAUUUCUUUGUUUGUGCCAAGCCUUGUUACUUUCCUGAAAUCUCAUUGAUCCUUAUUAUUUAACAGAGGACCGUGCCUCAUAUACUUGUAAAUUUUAAAUAUUUUGAAUUUUGUUGUCACCAAGUGAACCUCUUGUGCAGUGUAUGGUGGUAUUGGCAAUCUCUGUGUGCGUUAUUGGUUUGUGAUUGAAUGUUUUUAAUCCUAUUAGUAAUUGCUUUUCCACAUACAGGCUAGGACCUGUCUCUCUGCACCUGUUGCUUUUUUAUGUUUUUAACACUGGAGCACAGUCCUCCAACAUCAAUCCUUGUCUCUCCUAAUCAUUCUCAUCUCAGUGCUCUCUACUCAAUGGUGUUUUGCUUUUAACAUUCUCAUUUUUAACUUAAUGUUCUAAUUGGUUAAUUGUAAGCAUUUCCUUUUUGGAAUUCAUAGGUUUUAACAACUUUUUUCAGCUGCAAUGGGUUUGUGAUCAGCAGGCUUUGCAGCGGUCAAACCAGCACUUUUCGUUUUACAUAUCAGUCAAAUUGUUUUAUCAGCAUUUAAAAGAGAUUGUUUUUCCCCAACAGUUUAGUAAUUUUACAGUGAACUCAACUGUAUGACAAAAUGAUUUAGUGGCGAUGUUUAAUGAAUUUGGUCUGUAAGUAUGACUGUGCCUUUGGAGGUGGUAGAAUGCAAUGCAGAUGUUUUUAAGUUUAACAUUAUUAAAACAAUUU